UUUUAAUCCUGUUGGUGCUCAUAAAACAGGUUUAAUUGGUGAAGAUCCUAUUGGUAAACCAAAUAAUCUUAUGCCAUACAUUGCACAAAUAGCUGUUGGUCGUUUACCAUAUGUUAAUAUUUUUGGUACUGAUUAUGAUACUGCAGAUGGUACAGGUGUUCGAGAUUAUAUACAUGUUGUUGAUGUAGCCAUAGGUCAUAUUGCAGCAAUGAAACAAUUUGAAAUGAAUUGUGGUUUAAAAAUUUAUAAUCUUGGUACUGGUAAAGGUUAUUCUGUAUUAGAAAUGAUUAAAACAUUAGAAAAAGCAUCAGGCAAAACAAUGUCUUAUAAAGAAUGUUCUCGACGUCCAGGUGAUCUUGCAACUGUUUGUUUAUGCUGA